AUGAAGACGUCUGGUACUGCUAAAAACCCUGGAAGGCUGUUUCAUGCGUGUCCACAGAGAAAGGAAGGAGAUAAUUGGUAUCAUACAUUCACAUGGACUGAUACAUGUAUGGUUGAAGAGCUUGAGGACUUGAUUGACAAAGUGGACAAUAUUGAAGAGAGUUCAACGACAUUGCAGAAGAGCUUCAAUGUUUGUGAGUCCGUGAUUGAUACAUUGACCAUGGAGACGCGUUUGUGUGAGGCUGUGGUUGCAAAAGAAGUGGGAGAUCUCAAAAUGCAGCUCCGUAGCUUGAAGAACCUUGUGGGAUUUGGUUUUGUGAUGUGCAGUCACAAAACAAGCGCACCAUCGGCGACACAACGUCUUCACUUCACCGGAAAAAGGUCCGGCGACGUCAAUAUCCCUUUGGAUCUAGUGGUGGAGAUGCUUAAAAAACUCCCUGCAAAAUCUCUUGUGAGGUUCCGAUGCGUCUCGAAGCAAUGGUCAUCAAUUAUUGGCACCCGCAGAGACUUCCUUGACUCAAUCGUGACUCGCUCUUUAGCUCAGCCGCAGCGUACACACAUCAUCUUCCAUCACCGUAGGGAUAAACCUUACUUCAUCUUCACGUCAACUACCCAAAAGAUCGCUGAUAACGAAUCAAUAUACAUCCCUGCAUUAACGCGAUCAGACUCUUAUGAUUACGUCCGCGGUUUGAUUCUUUGUUGGUCAUACGGUUAUGCUUCGAUUGCUAUAUACAACCCUACCACCAGGCAGGCCCUUUGGUUACCGGAGCAGAAACACAUGCACCUAUACAAGAACAUUUGCUUCCUUGGAUACGACCCUCUCGAGAAUCAAUACAAAGUUUUGAGCCUACGAGAACGCAGUUUGGAACAAGAUUGUCAAGUUUUCACAUUGUCAGUUCCGACGGCUGCAAACAAGUGGAGAAACAUAAAAGGCAUUGGACAUCACUAUCCAGUAAUACCUGCUAUUUGCAUCAACGGGGCUAUCUAUUACCAAGCAAGGACUGAAAAAUAUCGUCGUACAUAUGUUUUGGUAAGUUUUGAUGUUAGGUCGGAGAAGCUUGAUCAGGUCAAGGCUCCAGAAACAUUGAUGAAUCACCGCUCGAGUCUGAUAAACUUCCAUGGGAAGUUAGGAUUCAUGUGUUGCCAGAAGGGCGUGGAAAUUUGGUUUAUGGAGCAAACUGACACGACACAAGAAUGGUCCAGGAUUUUCUUUCACGAGCAGAUGGUAGAUUUAGAAAAUUGGUCGGGCUCGGGCAAAGGUGUUACUCGUGGUGGUGAGAUAGUUUUUUUCUAUAAUCGAGCCCGGUAUCAAUGCAUCGUCGCAUAUUACGAUCCGAAGCGAAACAGCAUGAGAUAUGAAGACAUUAACGAUAUUGAUCCGGCGGAAAUCAAGUUUUAUGAGGGUCAUGCUAAUGAAGAUCAUCAAAGAGUAACAACAAUACUGGAUGUGAAGCCAAAUGCAAAGCUGUUAUCGCUUGAUUGGCAACAAGAUCAAGGCUACUCCGAUGGUGGCGCCAGCGGAGGCGGAGGAAAAUCUGAAGGUGGUGGAUACGGCGGUGGCGGUUAUAUCAACGGCUUAGGUUCGUCGUGGAAUGGGUUGAUGAAUGGCUAUGGAUCGUCCACUAAAACAAACUCCUUGGUUUAA